CGAUCUGAUUGUUCAAAACGGUAAAACCUAACCUAAUACCACCUGACCUGACCUGACCACCACCAGCGCCUCCAGCACUGCCCACAGGUUUGGACUUUGAUCAUUCCUUCGGGCUUUCACUUCAAUCCACCAAGUGGAGUCUCCAACUAGUUGUUCAGUCUUGCAGAAAGGCUGAAGAGCAAUUAGGGAAAAUAAAUGAAGCAAUCAAAGGAUCCAUUUGAGGCUGCAUUUGAGGAGGAGCAGGAGUCCCUUCCUGAUUCCCCUGUUGCCCCCGAUGAACUUGAAACUCAAACUCCUGCUGCCACAGUUGUUGCUUUUGACGCUCCAGAUGAUGACCCUGGUAUCAAUAUCCGCUCAGGUCAGCCAUCAACGUCUGCAGCAGCUCAAUCCACUGCAACGACUGCUGGAAAGACCAAAGAAGAAGAGGAUGAGGAGGAAGAAGAGAAUAUGGAUGUCGAGCUAGGGAAGUUUCCUUCCAGUGCUGACCCUGACAAAAUGGCCAAGAUGCAAGCAAUCCUAUCUCAAUUUACCGAGCAGCAGAUGAGUAGGUACGAGUCAUUUCGGAGAUCUGGUUUUCAAAAAGCUAACAUGAAAAGGUUAUUAGCGAGCAUUACUGGAAAUCCAAAAAUUUCUGUGCCCAUGACGAUCGUUGUGUCAGGAAUAGCAAAAAUGUUUGUCGGUGAGCUUGUUGAAACAGGUAGGAUGAUUAUGACAGAGAGAAGGGAAACUGGGCCAAUCAGGCCCUGCCAUAUCCGGGAAGCAUAUAGAAGACUGAAGCUGGAGGGCAAGGUACCAAAGAGAUCAGUACCAAGGCUUUUCCGAUAGAUGAUGGACCCACCCCACUCCCUUUCUUCUCUCACUCAGGUUUCAACUGUUGAUUUAUUAUAUUUCACAUGUUUUGAUUUUUCAUGCAUUAUACAUACAUACAUAUUAUUUGGCUAUUGGCGCAAUUGUAAAAUCUCAGGCUGGCAAGCGUGGGAAUGCAGAGUUUGAGUCUGAGAAUGGCCUUGUGCGAAAAAACGCCAUAGGUUUGGACUGUAUCCAGUUGCAAGAUCUCAGAAAGCUGGGACGAAAUUGUGUAAUUACCUUUAUACUCAUAGGUCUGUUCUGAUGUGUUUUCUGUUUAUCAUUCUUUCCA